AUGUUGUCAAAUGUCGUCACAGGGUCCUUACUUCGAAGCAGUCCCCUCAAGUUAACCACUCCUUCCUGGCCAAAGAUGUCAUUAACCCCUGAGUGCGAUUGUGAACACACACAACCGAUUACAACAUACUACCACCGGAGAACAGUCACUCCUCAAUUGCCACCAGAGCUGUGGUUGGAAAUAUUUGAAUUCGCUACUUAUGUCCACAGUCAAUCUACCAUUACACCCCUCGACCCUUUUACCCCAAGACAUGUCUGCAGAAGUGCUCUGGGUGCCAACUCACCCUCAUUGGCAUCGCGAACAAAGCUCGUACUUGUGCUUGUAUCUAAAGAGUGGAGGAACAUUGCGUUGCAACUGCUAUACCGGCAUAUCGAAGUACGCAGCAUCCAUCGUGCCCAACUCAUUCUCAGGGCUUUGCAACACGGCGUGUCAAACCACGAGCCUUAUGGACAAUGGACGCGCCACAUUGAGAUCUUCACGUUCACGCGCGGUGCUAAUGACAUAAGAUAUUUGCAUGCAAUCUACAAGAUCCUCGAAUUAUGUCCAGAGCUCAGGAUCUUGAGCGGAAACUGGACAAAUCUUAUUCAUGUCGACUUUCUGCAGGCGGUAGCGAAACUUCUUGGCCCUUCACUGCGUGCAUUGUUUUGGAAAGAAACAACCCCCAAGCCAUUACGACAAUCUAAAUUUCUUACAGCUACAACGCCAGAAUUUUUGGGAGCCUUCCAAUCCCUCCGUACUCUUGACCUCCAUCAUUUUCUGGGAAGCGAGCCAAACACUUGGUCAGAACCACCCACACCAAAAUUACCAUACCUUCAAGAUCUCAUUCUGUCCAUGCGUCCUGAAUGUUUAAAAGUUGCGACUUUCAUAGCAAUGCCAUCGCUGAGAAACCUCACUCUUCAAACCACCGGUUGGUGCAUUGAGAGCGAGAAGCUCUUGGCCAAUUUUCUGAAGAUAAACGGGGCGUUCAUAACAACAGUUGACGUCCCGCUCCCACUAGAAUUUGAAACCGAAUCCCAAAUACGCGAACCAACAACACCAUACGUUAACGUCAAUAUAUUCCUUAAUCAAGAUUUAUGUCCCAUAUUGGACACCAUUUCCUUCCCUGCAAAUGCAAUGCAAAUUACUUCUCAUAUCCAUCGUACUCUUCGUCGUAUAGGUUUUAGAGGCUGCAAACUCGACGGGCUAUAUCCCCAGAAAUCUUCAACUCUGCGAGACCAUUUAAUGGCGAUCAACUUCGAUAAAUAUCCCAGACUUCAGGUUAUACAAAUUAUAGGCUUUCUAGUCGACGCACAUGCAGAAAGAAUCGCCCGAGAUAUCUUUAUUUGGUGGGCAGAGCGGUUCGAAUCUGAAAUGGGAGUAGCCUUCCUUGAUGGAGAAGCUGUGCUGUGGCAAUAUGACGUGGAUCAAGACAAAAUUGCCCCUACCCCAAUUGAAGGUUGA